AUGGAAGACAACGAGACGCUAUAUGUACCACUCAAAGUACGACGUCAGCGUGAAUACGAGCGACUGGAGCAACGACGAAAGGCUCUUCAUGAGCGAAAUGAGACUUAUGAUGAUAAUGAUAAUGAGAGUGCAAAGGAUCAGGAUGAUACGGGGCCUAAGAAGCAAAAAAUAAUGACAAAAGUGACGACGAAAUCACUGUCGCCUGUUUUGAAUGAAUUACUGGAAGAACGUUCAAGUGUGAGUUUACUGGAUCAAGCGUAUGAAAUGCGUAAACAAAUGGAAAAAGAUGGAGUGAAUCAACAAAAGAUACAACAAGAUGCACAGGAAAUUAAUAUGCUCAAAGAAGCGAGUUAUGUCCAAAAAAUUGCACUUGUAUCAGCCCAUGAACGAGCUGAGGGAAUUCAUUAUAAAGAUAUCAUGAAAACAACAUGGAAACCACCACGUAGCAUUGUAGCAAUGACACAGGAUGAGUGUAAUGCUGUUCGAAAAAAGUGGCACAUUUUGGUGGAAGGAGAGGACGUUCCCCCGCCAAUCAAGUCGUUUGAGUAUAUGCGCUUCCCAAAGGCGAUACUGGAUGCUCUAAAGGCAAAAAACAUUCUUAGACCUACACCGAUUCAAGUUCAAGCAAUUCCGUGCAUUCUAGCGGGACGGGACAUGGUUGGCAUUGCAUUUACAGGUUCUGGGAAAACGGUGACAUUCACUUUGCCAUUGGUGAUGUUGGCACUUGAGGAAGAAAAGAAAAUGUCAAUUGUUGGACAUGAAGGCCCUUUUGGACUAAUUGUUGGGCCUUCACGUGAACUCAUGAGACAGACAUUUGAUGUCGUGAAGCACUUUACGAACCACCUGUUCAAGGCAGGAUACCCAGAGCUUCGCAGUCUGCUUUGCAUUGGUGGAGAAGACAAACGCCAGCAGUCGGACUUGAUCGCCAGUCGCGGUGUGCAUAUUGUGGUGGCUACUCCUGGUCGACUGAACCACUUUUUAAAACUACGCGAGAUGAACCUUUGCUUGUGCAAAUAUAUUUGUUUGGAUGAAGGUGACCGCAUGCUGGAUUUGGGCUUUGACGAGGAAGUUGCAACGACCUUUAACUACUUUACGAGCCAGAGGCAGACGCUGCUGUUUUCGGCUACAAUGCCCCAAAAGUUUCAGGAUUUCGCCAAGGACGUGUUAGUGAAGCCUGUUCUAGUUAACGUCGGCCGUGCUGGUGCUGCCAACUUGGAUGUAAUUCAGGAGGUUGAGUACGUGAAGCAGGAUGCCAAGAUCGUAUACUUGCUGGAGUGCUUACAAAAGACAAGCCCUCCUGUUGUUAUUUUCUGCGAACGCAAAGGCGAUGUGGACGAUAUCUAUGAGUAUCUCAUUUUGAAAGGCGUUGAAGCAGCCUCGAUUCACGGCGGAAAGGACCAAGAGGAGCGUAACGAGGCUAUCGAUAUGUUCAAAAGUGGACAAAAGGAUGUAUUGGUCGCCACAGAUGUGGCUGCUAAGGGUCUCGACUUUCCAGAUAUUAAACACGUCAUUAAUUUCGACAUGCCUGCCGAGAUUGAAAAUUACGUGCAUCGCAUUGGUCGCACCGGUCGUUGUGGUAAGACUGGUGUCGCAACGACCUUCAUUAACAAAAGUGUACCGGAGAGUGCUCUCUUGGAUCUGAAGCAUCUACUUGUCGAGGCGAAGCAAACGGUGCCACCGGUACUUAAGGCGUUGGAGGACCCGUACGAGGAAUUGGAGCGUAGUGGCGAUGGACUUUCAAAUGCCACUGGCACCAAAGGCUGUGCCUUUUGCGGUGGUCUGGGUCAUCGUAUCACGGACUGUCCGAAGGUGGAUUCGCAGGUGCGAAAGAUUGGUGCGGGUAAGCGUGACUUCCUUGCUGGAAAUAGCGAAGGUUAUGGCGGAGACUCGCUUGGUUAA